AUGCAAUUCGUGCCUCUGUUCAUCUGCGUUAUUGCUGUUUUUAUUAGUUGCUCUUUCCAACAAGCUUCGGCACAAGUCACACCUCCCCCAGGCACACCUCCCCCAGUCACAACUCCCCCAGUCACACCUAGUCCCCCGGGCACAUCAUCAGGUUCAGAGGGUGAUACCACAGAGGUUGCAUCGGUAUUCCAGAAUCUCGAGAAACAAGGAGUAGGCAAAACAUCCGCGAACGACAAAUUACCACCCCCACCAGCCGGAGCGGUUAGUCCCCAGGUAGUGCGACAGAGCUUCACCAAUGCAGUCUUUGGAUUUCUGGACGAAAAGGUCCCUGAAGGUGCCACUGGAACCGUCUUCCAAUUGGUAAUCCAAUAUCUCGAAAAGGUCGGCCAAGUCAACGGAGGAGGAUCGGCAGGUGCAGCGGCUACGACGGGUCAACCGGCAAAAGCAAAAGCGUCUAGAUAA